UAGCAAAUUUUCAUUUUUAUUUAUCUUCUUCUUAGAUUCUCUCAACUCAACUCCUUUUAUUUCUCUCUCACAAUUUUUUUCUCUUCUUUCUUUCAUUUCAAUUUCAACUCUCUCUCUCUGAAUCACCAUUUUCAUUUACAACGAAAACAAAACCAACACUUUCAGUUUCAAUUGAUCAUCCAUCAACGAAAAUGACCUCAAAACGCUACUGAUUCGUUCUAAUUACUUUCAGUAGAAGUGAAUAAGAGCGUUUGUAGAAUCAAUUAUUUUAAUUUUCUGUUUAUUUUUUUUUUGGUGUGAUUCGAGAUGCCUGAAGAAGAAUUGGUAGAGCUGAAGUUCCGUUUAUACGAUGGAUCGGAUAUUGGACCGUUUCGAUACUCACCAACUUCAACUGUUUCUAUGCUCAAGGAAAGGAUUUUCUCUGAAUGGCCAAAAGACAAGAAAAUUAUACCGAAGGCAGCUAUUGACAUAAAACUCAUAAAUGCUGGCAAAAUUUUGGAGAACAACAAGACGGUUGGCCAGUGUAAAGUACCUUUUGGCGAGCUUAAGGGUGUUAUCACCAUGCAUGUUGUCGUUCAGCCAUCUUUGGCAAAAUCAAAAACAGAGAAAAAACUAGAUGACACACCCAGAAAACAUUUUUGUGGGUGUUCAAUUUUGUGAAAAGCCAUUGUCAUGGAAGUUAAGCUGCUGAUCUGAUGUUAUGGAAAUGUGUAGCUGGGAAGACAAUUAUCUGUAGGAUAGUCCCAUCCCCCCCAGUUGAAUGUUGAUGGAGAGCAUUCUUGCUCAGCAGUGCUUGUCAGUGAUGAUUUUCUCAUGUUUUAUAAAAUUGGUGUUUAAUGUAUGUUAGUACAUGCGGUCUAUAUCACAACAUCAAAUAUAUUUUAUAGAAAGAAAGGUUCGGUUACUAUUUCUAAGGAUUUUCAACAAUAUUUCCCAUUGGAAUGAUCAUAUUAUAUACCAGUUUCUUGUGCAUUGGUGACAACAAAAAUACUUUUCAAGCUGUUGGUGUUAAUUUUACAUAUGUACCCUCACAAUUAUUGAUAUUAUAUGAGAAAAAUUAAUUUAUGUUUUUCAAUGGUAAA